CUAUUCUCCACCGAUUGCCUUAUAACGAAUACUGCACUUGAAUUGUAUACAAACAUUCUACACAUACAACAGCAAAUUGAACACCAACGCGGAGCGUCGCCGAAAACUGCUACUGGCUUUUGCAAGUUCGGUUCGUCUCCGACCGUGCUUUCCUGCCUUACUUCAAUGCAACUAUAAUCUUGAAUUGCUAAUGCUAGUUUGGUUGAUGGACCAGGCAGUACAGCGCGGCGGUCCGGCAGUGGCGCCGGGCCGCCCAUAAAUGCCAAGGAGGCCACACAGUUGGCACGGGCGGGCGCGAAAUGGUGGCAAUGAAGCACCAAAGGCUUGUGACUUCAUGGCAGCUGUUGUCGGCGAGCGGCGAGGCGGUCGGAGGGGACGCCUUGGCUGGCCAGCAUGGUCGGCAUCGCUGCCCGGCUGGGCGACUCGUGUCAUCAUACUGCUACUGCUAACACUGCCGGUGCCGGUACUCGGCGCGCGGCCGCUGGUGCCCACCGCCGGCCCCGCGGGCGGGGCCGACGCGGUUCCCCGGUACCUCGCCGAAGUCGGCAUUGGUACUGCGGGCGGCAGCGACGGCAGCAGCAGUGGAACCGCGCCGGUGGGGCUGAGCGGUUAUCAGCCUCCGCAGCAGUGGCAGCAGCAACCACAACAGCAGCAGCAGCAGCAGGGUCAAAACCCUAUUGCCGUGGUUCCGCUGGGUAUGGGCGAGCUGCAGGUCGCCACCAUGGAUCGCGACUCGACCAUGGUGCUGCUGCAAGAGCGCAUCGGGCGGCUAGACGCGGAAAAGCGGCUUGCCGAGCUGCAGCUAGAAGUGCUGCAGCUCCAAGUGGCCCAGCAGCAGGUCAUCCGGCAGGCGACGGCGACCGCCGCCGCGCAAGUGACGUCGCUACAGAAGGAGGUGGACGGGCUGAAGCAGCAGAUGCGGCUGAUGGAGCUGGCGGCGGCGUCUGCGGUGUCCAAGGAUGCAGCGGCGCGACCGCCGGAGCUGUCGCCGACGGCGCCGCCACCGUUCCCGCCGCGCCCGCCGUCGCCCUACGCUCCUGACCCGCUCCAGGUCCAGCAGCGACAGCCCACACAGCAGGAGCAGCAGCGGGAGCCGCCGCCACCGCAGCAGCCGGAGCCCCCAGGCGUUGGGGGCCGCAGGCUGCUGCCGCCUGACCGGCCGGUUGCGUCCUUGGAGCUGGCACGUGAUCCCCAUGCAUCGCCGCCGUCGCCCCGGCCACCCAAGCCGCCCGCGCCGAAGCCACCUAGCCCGGUGCCACCUAGCCCGGUGCCGCCUAGCCCUGCUCCGCCCAGCCCGGCGCCACCGAGUCCCGUGCCACCCAGUCCUGUGCCGCCCACACCACCUAGCCCGAUACCGCCCAGCCCCGCGCCGCCCAGCCCGGCGCCGCCAAGCCCCGCACCUCCCAGCCCGGUGCCACCUAGCCCCACUCCGCCCUCGCCAGUGCCACCCAGCCCGGCGCCACCCAGCCCCGCACCACCGUCGCCCGCACCUCCCAGCCCGGCGCCACCCAGCCCUGCCCCACCAUCACCGGCGCCGCCCAGCCCGGCGCCACCCAGCCCCGUGCCUCCGGCUCCGCCGUCCCCGAGCCCCCCCUUCGCGCCGCUUAUGCCCGCUAGCCCGCCACCACCACCGCCGCCGCCUCGACCCCCGCACCCGCCACGCCCGCCCAUGUUCCCAUUCCAACCGCCGCCGCCGGGCCUGCCGCCGCCGCCUAGCCGGCCGCCUCCGCCAUCGCCGCCGCCGCCCCGCCCACCGCGCCCGCCCGCGCCGCCUUUAGACUUCUAUCAAACUAGUUUUCCAAUCUAUUGGGAGGACGCAAGCUUUAAUAGCGAGCUCGCUGACCCGAACUCGCUGGAUGCUUGGAACAUCGACGUCUGCGAGCAACUUCUGGCCUUUGCACCAGAGGAAACCAUGUGUGAUGUCUACUUCAACCGCUACCAGGUGUCUUACGUAACGCUCACCAGCCUUUACAGAGGCGAGCUGCUGCUCUACUACAUGAAUGCGAUGCUGUCAACAUACAGCCAUUUUGUCUUUGACUCUGAAUUUAUGGGGCGGUACGGCAUCACGCGGGUGUGGGUGUACUGGAGCAUGCCGCCCGCCCGCGGCUCGCCGCCCUCGGCGCCCUUCCCCAGAAUGCCGCCGCUGCCCCCCGGGCCGCCGUAUCCGCCGUACGCCAACGGCCUGGGCGACACUAAAACCGUACGGCAGCGCCUCAUGCUGGAACUGCUCAGUAGUGACACGGCCGCCGCAGAUGGGGCCGUGGAUUCGGAGGGCGACUACCUGGGCCAGCAGGGUACCGGCAGCGGCGAUGGCGGCGGCAGCGGGGCAGCUGUAGCCGCCACACGUUCGGGUGGUGGCGUGCGGGGCGGCGCAGGGGAAAAGGCGACAGCACCGGAGCAUCCCCGGCAGCGGCGGCAGCAGCAGCAGCAGCAAGGGUGGAAGGAGGGAGGCGAGGGGGAUGGCGCUGAUGUGGAGUGGGUGGAUGAGGAGUCGGAGUGGGUGGACGAGGGGUCGAAGAAGGCGGGCGCCACGACCGGCACCGCCGCCACCACCACCACCCGUGGAGCCACCAACAACAACACCACCACGACCGCUGACUCGUGGCUCGGCGCAGGUACCGGGCACAGGUCGUACCGAAGGGACGAUUGGAGCUACGGGCGUUAGUCCUACACGGUGAUGUAGGGUUUUGGGCAGGCAGGCAUCACUGACUGAAGGCGGGAGUCUGGAAGUGAGGGUUUCGAGAGCGCGGCGGGAUGUGAGCCAAGAACGUGAGCAGGCUGAAUGCGCAGAGAUGAACCCAAUUAUUACUAGAGAAUCUAUAGAAACCUUACCCGAAAUGUGCGCAGGAGAGGAAACGCUUGCAUUGCGCACGUGUUCAACAAUCACCCCGUUGGAUGCGAUAGGCUUUUCGGUUGGGAAGACAGGCGGUUGAUUGACGGUGUGUUGCUGUGUGUCAUGAUUACUUGCUGGUUGAUGCACGCACGUGGGGCACAUAAGCACGAUUCAUCUUAGGCCCGGGCAUAGCUACUUAGUCGCCUGGCGAUUUGUUGGUUUGGUGGCAAGUCAGCGAGUGACAUAGGAUGGAGCCCGCGCUCGUGGAUGGGCGGCCGGCUUAGUCGAUUGAACAUAGCGGGAUACAGCAGGCGUGGUGCCUGUGCCCCUAAUCUAGAGACGACCGCCCGUAGCAUGGAUAGAAUGACGGGCGGCACUAGUCAUGAAACGAUACGGUAGCAAUCAAGAUAGCCGCCACACUCGAGAUUGGUUAUCCCAGGUUGGCCUUCCCAGCUAAGCGCAUUAGGUUUGGCAUGCUGUGCGGCAGGCCGUAGCGUAUGCACGGCAUCUCUCCCUCCCCGGCGCACUGUGGGUCGUUGGCGUCCAGCGGCAAAGUGGUGUGCGCUGUCAUCCCGGCGCCCUAGAGCCUUGCCUGGAGCGCUAGCUGCUGCCGCGGUGCUGCUGUAUGGACGAAGGCGGUCCCGUAGCUGGGUGGUGGGCGCUCCGUGCGGGUGGGUUGCGGCGCCUGGACUACGAUGGAGGGGCGGGAGGGCCCUGCUAACUCCGGAUCAGGAGAACAUGAAAGGCCGCGGUGUCUGUAAAGAGGAGUUC